GAUGGACUCUCAUCAGGACCGCCAGCAUCUCGUGUCGCUGCGGCCGCCGGGCAGGAACCGAACCUCUCCGAUGACGCGCAGCUUCCACCUCCCGAAACGAGUCCCCCGCUAGAAAGAGCCGUGGAGACGCUGGACGUUGCUCAUCACCUCGAUGUCUCUCGCUCAGAGUCGGAAGCCCUUCUCCAGCCAGCGCAGGCGCUCAGUGGGAACUGGAGGAGGUGGCGGGAGGUGUUGCCACAGUGAUACGUCCAGUACGCACACCUUUCCUGUUCGGAUAAGGGCUCCAGAGGGCAGCCCCACCGCCCGCACACAUCCAAACACCCCCCGACGUCAGGCAAAGCACACGGUCUGCAGCGACAACCAUGGGGUCAGGGCCCCCACCCCGGAGCAGUACCUUACACCCCUGCAGCAGAAGGAGGUGUGUAUACGACAUCUGCGAGCCAGACUAAGAGACAACGUUGAGCGGCUGCAGCACAGGGACUGUGAGAUCGAGGAGCUGAGGACCCAGCUGUACAAGAUGCAGGAGGACUGGAUCGAGGAGGAGUGCCACCGUGUGGAGGCGCAGUUAGCUCUGAAGGAGGCCCGAAAGGAGAUCCAGCACCUCCAGGAAGUGGUUGAGUCAGUGAAGUCCAACCUGAACAACCGUGAGCCAGACCCUCACGAUCUCAAGCCAUACUCGGGGAUGCAGGGGGUCAGGUCAGAGGGGAAGUCUCGCUCCUGUGGGUGCUCCCCAGCCAGCACCCUGAGCCGCGGCGCCACCUUCAUGCGGCGGAGCAGCGAGGCUCUGGAGCGCAGCUUCAACGCCCCCGAGCCAAGCGGGGCGGCCCAUCCGUCAGGACAGACCCACCUGCUACUGGAGGCUGCGCUCCUGUCGGAGCAGCUGCCUCAGCGGGACCCCCACCUCCGAGGAGCCCCAGCUGUGCAGCACCCUUCCACUUAUGAAAGGUUGUACAGCGGGGGCGCCGUGCUGCCAAUCUCACACUCCUGCCACUCUCUCAGCAGCAGCUGCAGAUGCACUAGACCCGCCUACCUCCCCCAUCAUCACCUGUUCCUGCACUUACCUCAAGAGGAGCCCCCGGUCGCGGCUGUGAGCGCUGCCCCCACCACGCACACCAAGCCCAUCCCUGUUCCUGCAGCGGAGAAGAAACCAGAGGUCCGCUCUCAGGGCUGCAGCCCCACCAUGACCUGGCUGUGUGAGGAGAUCAGUUCUGGAGAGCUGAGCGUCAUUUCAUUUGAAAAAACCACCACCCCCCCAGAACCGCAGCCAGUUCCAGCCUCUCUACCUCCUCUGUCCCCCCCAGAACACCUGUACAGGGCUGAUCCACCACCUUUUGAUAAACCUGUGGUUGCAAAUGUGCCAGCGCAAGCCCAGACCUGCCAGCCCCGACCUACACAUCCACUUCCUGUGAGACAGGAAGCCACAGCUGUGACGAUGGACGAGGACACGGAGGAAACCGAAGGGACAAAUGAAGGCGGGCCUUCCCCCGAGCGCCCCCACUGGAGCCGCUACUUCCUCGUAGAUCUUUUGGCUUUGGCCAUUCCUGUAGUGCCAACCAUGGCGUGGCUGUGCAGAGGGGCGCCGCAGGAAGUCAUGCCCGUGUACCACAUCGGCUCCAUGCUGAGAGGCUGCUGCGCCAUCGCCCUCCACUCACUUCGACAGCAGGGUGUGGGCGGGGGGCGCAGACCUACCAGCACGACUGGAACAGCCGCUGACACUUUAAAUGUCCACUCAGCUCUCAACCCCUGCAGAUAA